AGUAGAAGGGAAAUGGGAUUGGGUUGAUCGGCAGAUCACCGGUUCUUUUGGGAUAUUUCAAUGGAGCUUUACCUUCACUCUCCCGACGCUACAAUCUUCCGUUGCUUCUCAACUUCCUUUACGUCCACGGUCAUUUCAAUGACUUCCAUGAGCUCCACUCCUUAUUUCAUCUCUUCUUCUCAUUCACGGUCACUUAAGCGGAGUUCCACCCAGUCAUCCGAUGCACUACAGAGAGACCCGAAGAAGGGUCUGUCUCGGAUUCUGAGGAAAGACGCUGCUAUUAAAGCUAUAGAGAAGAAAGCCAACUCCAAGAAAUACAAUAAUCUUUGGCCCAAAGCUGUUUUGGAGGCUCUCGAUGAAGCUAUUCAGGAGAAUCUAUGGGAAACUGCUCUUAAGAUUUUUGGAUUACUUCGCCAGCAACAAUGGUAUGAACCAAGAUGCCAAACAUACACAAAAUUGUUGAUGCUUCUUGGUAAGUGCAGGCAACCCGAGCAAGCAAGCUUGCUCUUUGAGAUUAUGUUUUCUGAGGGGUUGAAACCUUCUAUUGAUGUUUAUACUGCUCUUGUUAGUGCUUACGGACAAAGUGGCCUCCUUCACAAGGCCAUUUCAACUGUUGAUGAAAUGAAAUCGGUUUCUGACUGCAAGCCAGAUGUACAUACAUAUUCAAUUCUCAUUGAUUGUUGCACAAGACUCCGUCGUUUUGAUCUUCUGAAGGAGUUACUGGCUGAUAUGUCCUAUCUGGGGAUCACAUGUAAUACGGUCACUUACAAUACUAUUAUUAAUGGAUUUGGAAAGGCUAAAAUGUUUGAGCAAAUGGAAAGCUUGUUACUUGAAAUGAUUGAAAGUGAUAGCUGUCCUCCAGAUUUGAUUACAUUCAAUACUUUUAUCAGAGCUUACGGAAAUAGUGAGCAGAUUGAGAAGAUGGAGAAGUGGUAUGAUGAAUUUCAGCUGAUGGGAAUCGAGCCAGACGUUUGGACAUACAAUACUAUGAUCAGCUCAUAUGGGAAAGCUGGAAUGUAUGACAAGAUGAAGUCUGUUUUGAAUUUCAUGGAAAAACGCUUUUUCUCUCCCACAAUUGUUACUAUGAAUACAAUUAUUGAUACUUUUGGAAGAACUGGAAAUAUUGAGGAGAUGGAAGAAUACUUCAAAAAAAUGAAAUUUCAGGGAAUGAAGCCCAACUCUGUGACUUACUGUUCCCUUGUAAAUGCUUAUGGUAAAUCUGGUGAUCUUGAGAAAAUUGAUUCGAUUUUGAGGCAAAUAGAAAAUUCUGAUGUGGUACCAGAUACCCCUCUUUUUAACUGCCUUAUCAAUGCGUAUGGCCAGGCUGGUGAUGUGAGAAAGAUGGGAGAGUUGUUCUUGGAAAUGAAAGAGAAUAAAUGUGUUCCUGAUGGUAUUACAUUUGCUACAAUGAUUCGUGCCUUAAAAGCACAAGGCAUGACCGAGGCUGCUCAAAGAUUGGAAAAUAAGUUGAUUGCCACUAACGACGGUGAGUGAAACCUGGCUUGACAAGGAACCGGUACUAAAACAUUUCAGUAGUGUGGAAAAAUGUAGAUCCGUAUGGGGGUAUGGCUUUUCAAGGGAUCUCUGUCUACAUUAGUGCAAGGCAUUCUUCUCAAUUCUUCAGGUUCACUGUAGAUCACAUUUUUAAAAAAUUGUCUCGUGAUGGGGCAGUGACUAGACUAUAUCUUUCACUACAAGUAAAGUUUCUUGAUGGUCUUGAUUCUGAAUGAUCCAUUUGUUAACAUGAAAAAUUGUGCUCUUGACCAAUGUCCCCACCCCCCAUAAGCUUAAUGGGACUACUGUUUCUUCUCAAGGCAACCAACCCUUGGCUACAAACCUUCAUGUAUGGUCUUUUCAGAGCUAAUCUGGAUAUCAGAAUUGAUUUCUGCUAGAGGAGCUCUAGCUCUAGCUCUCUAGCAUAUGGCUUGCAACUCCUAGAAUUGGACUACAGCUCAACUCGAGAUGCUUCUCAUACUGUUAUACCGUGGCCCGUCACAUUACCAUAAUCUUCUUGUAUCUUUCAUUGUGAGUGUUUUACUGUAGCCAAUUGCCCUAUUGCAUAAUCUUCUGGCAUCUUUCACUGGUUGUGCUUACCUAAAACUUGUCCAUUGACAUUCUUCCAACUAUUGUUCCCUACUUUACAGCUGCCUAUAGAAGAUAGAGCGAUCUAUAUUCUGGGGAAAAUCUAUGAUUUAUGAGUCUUCUCCUUGUAUGAAAGACUCCAUUGUUUGCUCGUCAGCUUUCAAACAUCAGAAUAAUGGCUCUUAUCAUGUUGGCAUAUUUUACUGUUAGUUGCAUUUUGCGUCUUCUAAUUAAAUACAUGUCUUGAUAAGAUUCUUUGUAGGACGGAGAUGGAGAAUGCAUUAUCUUCUAACCCCAAUACUCACUUUCGAAGACGAGACAUUUUUUUCUUCCACGAAGCUUGGGUACUCUCAUUUGAGAAAUUUCUGUAUUUGUUUUUGGUUUCGUUAACAAGAAUGGAAGAGAUCAAAGUUUUUUUUUUCUCUCCAUGUAAUCUAAGAUUGGCAUAUUUUCGACAUUGCCUUUAUGUUAUAGUUACCUAUUACACUUAAUUUUAUCAAUAUAAUAUCUCUGAAUGACC